CAAACAGGAAGCCCGUCAGUUCAGUAGAGAGAGUGAGUGCGUUAGCUACAGCGGGCCAACUUGCUAAAAAAAAGUAAACACAUCACUCUGGAUGGAGAUUACAUUCAUUCUGGGUUAACAAAGCAGCGUUUCGGCAAUGAAGGAGGACAAGGAGAACACCCGGCCGAAGGAGAAAAAGGUGGAAAUUAAAUGUGAAGAUGGAGAUAAGACAGAGAAAACCAAGGAAAAGAAAGAGGCCAUGACAAAGAUUGUGAUCAGACGUUUACCACCAAGUCUCACCAAGGAGGAGCUGGAGGAGCAGUUGCAGCCUCUUCCAGAGAUGGAUUACCUGGAGUUUUUCUCCAAUGACACAAGCCUUUAUCCCCACCUCUUUGCAAGGGCAUACAUUAAUUUCAAAAAUCAAGAGGAUAUCGUUCUCUUCAGAGAUCGGUUUGAUGGAUAUGUGUUCAUAGACAACAGAGGACAGGAAUACCCCGCUAUUGUGGAGUUUGCGCCUUUUCAAAAGACUGCCAAGAAGAGAAGCAAGAAAAGGGAUGCGAGAUGUGGAACAAUAGAUGAAGAUCCUGAUUACAAGAAAUUCCUGGAAUAUUACAAUGGAGAUGAUGAAAAAUUUACAUCUACGCCCGAGACUCUGUUGGAAGAGAUUGAGGCAAAGUCAAAGGAACUUGUCUCUAAAAAAUCAACUCCUCUCUUGGACUUCUUGAAGAAUAAACAGAGAAUCAGGGAGGAAAAGAAAGAGGAGAGAAGAAGGAGGGAGCUUGAACGCAAGCGCCUACGUGAUGAGGAACGUCGUAAGUGGAGGGAGGAGGACAGACGCAAGCGCAAAGAGGCUGAAAAGAUGAAGAGAGCUGACAAACCGCUGGACAAAGACAAGGACCAAGUCAAAGAAGAACCAAAAAUCAAGCUCCUGAGGAAGCCUGACAGAGGGGAUGAUGCUGAUUCAGAGAAACCUAAAGAAAAGGCCAAGAAACCCGAAAAGCCCAUUAAAGAUGACAGAGCCCCUGGGAGUGCAGAUCUGAAGAAACGACAGAGCAGUGACAGUAAGGAGGAGCGAGGACGGAAAGUGGAUGAGGACGGAAGAAAGGAUUACCGUGACCGUGAGGCAGAUCGAGACAGGGACCGUGAGCGAGAGAGGGAGAAGGAGCGGCGGCAGAAAGAGAAAGAGCGCAUCAGACGGCAGGACGAAGACCGGCGGAGGAGGAGAGAACGGCACGACGGAGAGACCACCUACAGGAAGCGCGAGGAGGAGGUGAAAAAAGAAAAAGACCGCACUUGGGAGAAGAAGAAGGGCGACGGUGUUGCAGAAUCCACUCAAGCUGAGCGGCCGGAGAAGCCAGUCAAGGACAACAGAAAGGAAGACAGCAUUAAAAAAGAUCGGCUACGAAACAAGGAUCGACCUGCCAUUCAGCUGUACCAGCCAGGCGCCAGAAGCCGCAAUCGGGCAGCAGGAGGAGGAGCUGAAUCCCAUGCCGGCGAGAGGAAGCCGGAUCCUGAACCUAAGAGAGCCCAGGACAAGGGAGACGAUUGAUCUAAUGUCAGGAAAUGGGUUGAUAAUUGAGUUUAGCAGAGGGAGACCCACCUGUAAGGCUCAGAGCAGCAUUCUGGCACCACAGAGCCGUGCAGGGCUGCGUCCAGCUCUCCCCGCCUCACUCAGAGGCAGGGAUGUGAUGCCGGCGCCUCUUAGUGCCUGAAUGUCACCCUCCUUUAGUUUUGUUUGUCAAGAAAGAUAAGGGCAACCUUGCACUUUGUAAAUGUUGUAAGAGAUUGGCUCCAGUGCACAACAGGUUAAGCCAAAGCUCUCUUGGA